AUGAAGGCCGGCACAAGACGACCCAGGUUCUGGUUCUGGGCGUUCCUCUUGCUACCACUGCUAGUUUAUGUAGUAGUAUCGGACGCCGUUGCGGAAGAUGAACCACAAUGUAGUGCCAACAAUGAUGGUCAAUGCCGCAGUGGGGAUUCCAUCAACAUUCCCGACAAUCAACAGCAGUUGUUAGACCAGGCAAACUCUCUCCACGAGGCGGGCCUGGAAUUGGCGACCGCGGGAGACAAUACCGGCGCUUUGGAAAAAUACGACGACGCCCUUGCCAAUUAUCUGGCAGCCUUUGGAGGCAGCCAGGAUCAUGCCGAGGUGGCAACCACAUACACUCAUAUGGGCCAAGUAUUGGUCGCCAAAGUGGACCACGACGGCGCCUUGUCCAAGUACCGACAAGCUCUCAUCAUUCGAUUGACGGUAUUUGGCAAGAAUCAUCCCGAUACGGCGGAUUCCUACCGCAAUGUGGGUUACGUACAGAAUUUAAUGGGAGAUUUUCAAGGAGCCUUGUCCAAAUACAACGAUGCUCUGGACGUUCGAUUGGACGUUUUGGGAAAGAAUCAUCCCACGAUUGCUUCCUCCUACAAUGACAUUGGUUCCGUAUUCUUGGCGACGGGCAACAAAGAAGAUGCCUUGUCCACGUUCCAGAAAGCCCUGGCCAUUGGCUUGUCUGUAUUGGGCAAGAAUCAUGCCGAUGUAGGCACUGCUUACCACAAGCUUGGUUCCUUGCUGUUUGGAAUGCAAGACUUUGAAGGUGCCUUGUUCCAUUAUCAGGAAGCGCAGGCCAUUUGGGAAUCCUUGUUGGGACCCGAUCAUCCCACCACAACGUCGUGUCAGGGAUGGAUUCGAGGCAUCCACGCCGCCAUGUCGCGGCGUUCAUGA